AUGGCACAGCGAUCGCGGCAGCUUCUUGCCGAAGUGUACACGCGCUUGAUAUCUGACCAAGCUUCUCUAAACGCGCUCCGAACUUCGAAUAAGCCACUGCGUACAUAUGCCCAUGAGCUUGCGGCUCUGACGUCGAAACCCGCGGCAGUUCUCGGGGAAACGGACGAUGACGUGAAAAACACUGAACAAUGGCUCGACCAAGUCGAAGGCAUAAGCGGGGACCUGGGCUCUCUUGACAAAAAGCUUGAACCAAUUACUUUUUUGAGCGGAAAUGCUCCAACUGCUGCUGACUACUCGCUCUUUGCCUCAUUAUAUGAUGUAGUGUCGACAAUGCCCCCAGCAACGCAACAUGCGCAUCCGUCGCUUGUGCGCUACUUUUCGCACAUGUCACACCUGUCAGCUUCAACAAACGUGGAACCACCUUUCAAACCAUUUGAGCCUGCUUAUGAAGGUUUCCCAAAAAUCGAACGUAAGGCCGAGCCGAAGAAGGAGAAGAAGGAGAAGAAAAUGAAAGAUGAAGGUGGCACGGCUGCAGAGGCCAGUGCACCUACACCAUCUAAGAAGGAUAAGAAGUCCAAGGACAAGGCAACAGGUGGCAGUGGACCUGGUUCUGGUGUUCCAUCGGAUUCUGGUCCUUUACCCAGUAUGGUCGAUCUUCGAGUUGGAAAGAUUGUCAAAGUCGAUCGGCAUCCAGAUGCUGAUUCUUUGUAUCUUGAGCAGGUUGAUUUCGGUGAGGCGGAUGGGCCUCGUACCAUUCUCUCUGGACUUGUGAACUUUGUUCCCAUUGAGGAAAUGCGUGAUCGAUGGGUUGUGGGUGUGUGCAACUUGAAGCCAGUGUCGAUGCGUGGAAUCAAGAGUUUCGGGAUGAUUUUGUGUGCUACGGCAAAAGAAGGCAAAGAAGGUGGCGUCCAGCCAGUUGCUCCUCCCGCAGGCAGCGAGUUGGGUGACCGCGUUUAUGUCGAGGGCUACGAGGGUAUGGAGCCACUCGAGCAGAUGAACCCGAAGAAAAAGGUCUUCGAGGCCAUCCAGCCUAACUACCAAACGACCGAUGCUAAGGAAUGUGUUUGGUUUGGCUCCCUGCCGAAUGGCCCAGCUGAUGAAAAGGCCCCUCGCCGUCUGUGCACAUCUCGUGGCAUUUGCACGGCGCCAUUCGCUGGCGCUACUUUAUCUUAG